UGUGCACACAUGCUCCAGCUGAAGGUGGGAGGAGCGUGAUGCACUGGGACGAUGCACGAUGCAGCAGUCCCGUCAAAACCCCCCCACCCCCCAGGUCCUUCUCCAACAGCCGGAGCACUGGUACACCUGUAGUAGGCUAUCACUUUCAACAAAACGUCGCUUGGAUUUAAAAAAAGGCUCCAAUCUAAUCCAUCAAGUAUGACCGCAGCCGCUGGGAAACAGAGCGACAGUGCGACAUAGGGUUUUGCUCGACAUCACCAUGCAUCUCACGGCGGUGGUCUUCAUUGUGGUCGUGACAGGCAUCGCCAAAGGUUGGGAAUGCAACGCGAAGUGCAACAAAGAAAAUGGGUUUUGUGAGAAGCCAGGGAAGUGCAGGUGCAAACCAGGGUGGCAAGGAGACAACUGUGACCAGUGCCUGCCCUUCCCUGGCUGUCUGCAUGGCAGAUGUGAAAAGGCAUGGCAGUGUAUCUGUGAGGAGGGCUGGGUGGGCAGCCUGUGUGACCAAGACACUCGGCUGUGCUCGUCCAGGCCUUGUGCUGGUAAUGCCACUUGCAUAGAGACAGGAGAGGGGGGAUACCUGUGCAUCUGUCCCCAUGGCUAUGCUGGGGAAAACUGCCACAUAAAGAAAGGAGGAGUCUGCUUCACAAACAGCUCUCCUUGUCAAAACGGAGGCACCUGUGUGGAGGCAGAUGGCUCAGCAACCAACUUUUCCUGUUUAUGCCCCCCUGGAUUUUCUGGAGACAUCUGUGAGAUCAGUGUUGACAGCUGCCAGCCUAACCCCUGCCUCAACGGUGGCAACUGUACAAAUCACGGCCUGGCCUUUGUGUGCGUCUGUCCACGCGGCUUUGCUGGCUUUACUUGUAACACCACCAUCAGCCUCUCGCCCUGUGCUGGCCAGCCCUGUGCCAACCGUGGCACCUGUGUUGGUCAACCUGAUGGAACCUUCCAGUGCAUUUGCCAGAAAUGGUUUACAGGUCCCACAUGUUCCCUGCAGGACAGAACAAAAGCCAGGUCCAAGCCGGUCAGUGCCAGGCCUGUGGAGCACGGAGUGUUUGCGCUGACUCCGCAACAUUACUCCCUCCCUGCUCACGCCUUCCACAGGCUCCUCAGACCUCCUGAGAGAGACCUGCUCAAGAUCACCCUGAAGGAGACGGUCCACUCUCCUGGCGUCCUCGUCACCCACGGUCAACUUAUCUGCUUUGGCAUGCUGGCCCUGCUCACCUGCCUGGUUAUCCUGGGCACCACAGGCAUUGUGUUUUUUGGCCGUUGUGAAACGUGGCUGGCUAAUGCCAAGUACAACCAGCUUGUUCGACAGCAAAGGGAACACCUGCUGAGAGAAGCCUGCGGUGCGAGUCAGGAAGAGCCGGAACACUCUGUAAACAUCAUCCUACCAGAGAAGAUUAGACUCACCAGCUUUGGGAGACACUAUACCUCCAUCUGAUUAAAUCAUCUCCUCCUCUUCUUCAACCUCUCUAGAGGAGGUUUAAUAUAAUGAUAACCUUUUAUUGGCCAAGUAUGGUACACACACACAGGGAAUUUGUGUCCAGUACAAAACCGAGGAAGCCAUCUGCAGCACCAACUCUCUCUCUCUCACACACACACACACACACACACCCUGAUGGCGGCACUAUUCCUGCAAGGCACUGCUCUGGCCAGUGGGAGCAACUUGGGAGUUUCAGUGUCUUGCCCAAGGCACUCUGACAUGUGGACUGGGGAGAAUGGGAAUCGAACCACCGACCUUCCAGUUGGGGGACGACCACUACCUCCCGAGCCCCAACUGCCAUAUGAAUGUCUAAAAACAGCAGGAAAUGCAGUGAGAGUUACGUGACUACCUAUAUUUAAAUGUUCAGUGCACUCUCCAGGACUUAAUGGACAAACAUGAGACUGGAUUGUAAAUGUCCUUUUAAUCUAAAAACUACCCAUUACAAAUGUAUUUCUAAAUUACAAAACAUGUUCAUGCAAAUAGUACCUUGUGUUGUAUUUUUAAGUCUAUUUUUGAAUUUAAAAACAUUUGUCUUACUGUGCUGCUACAAUUAACAGCAGAAUGAGAAAUUAAUCUCGAUUUAAAAGUAGGCAGUAACAGAGCACAUGCAACCUAGAGCACAUUUCUUUCAGUAAUUGUACACAUGGGUUUUAAAUUGUACUAGGAUUUUUAUAGCCAUCACUGACUAAUCGAUCAACAGGAAAUUAAUCUACAAUCGAUUCAGUCAUUUCUUAAGCAAAAAUUCAAAACAUUUGCUGGGUCUUUGAGGCUUUUGGUUGACAAAAAAAAGGCACUUUUCACUUUUUUGACACUAUUUAAGCAAAACAAUUUGAGGAAAUCCAAAUAAUGAGGAUCAUAGUUACUUGCUGCCUAACCAUAUUGUGCAUGUGCAUAUUGUGAACGUGCAAACUCAGUUCGUAUGUGCAGUUAAAAUGUGUAUUAGAUAUAAAUAUGUGCCACCAAAACAGCUGUACUCUCAAAUCUUACAGCACAUAGUAGGACCAUAUUGCUAUAUGUAUAUAGAGGUAAUGUCAUCUCCUGAAUAUUAUAACAUUAACUCUGUACAUGUUGGUUUUAAAAGUAUGUGCACAAAGAUGCACAGGUUUAAUUCACAGUUCUUUGAGAAACACCAUUUUCUAUCUUUAUUCCCAUCCGUUUGUAUCCAUACUAUCAAUAUUGUAGCUUCACACCUUUAUCUAUUGAUUGAUCUAAAACCCAUUUACAAUUUUGCUGAGAUAUUUUUAUAUUUUCCAACAUUGCUUCGUACUGCUAGUGUUGGAAUUUUUCAAGUAAUGUGUGAGACCUGAAAUCAGUGCUAUAACAUACAGUAUGUUAAAUGUUACUGGCCACUCACUUCUGAUGGAGAGAAGGGAGAUUCAUAAAUAUGUAUGAAAAACAUCCCUGUCACUCUAAAAAGAUAAGAGUGGAACAUGUGGAACAUAUUGCAUAUAAACUAUUACAAUUCAUUAUCUGCUAAUAUGAAGAUUAGUGAUAUUUCAGACUUUACUUCUUGUCCCCCUCACUGUGGUAAAUCAGCUUUAGCCCCCAUGCAGCUCUUUACAUGUGUGCUUGGUUUGUGCUUACAACAUCCCAAGUUCAGGUUGUGUGUAGUGGAUAAAACAAACAAAUAGAAUAUAGAAUCAGUUAAUGCAUACCAUGUAAUGUGGGAUAGAUCAAUGUGUUAUACUUAUGUAACAGCAGCAAAGGCAUUGACCUGUUAUUCGUUAGAAGUGUGUGUGUUGCACUCUGAGGGGAAGUUGGGACAGUCAGAGGCCUUCUGGUUGUUCAGAACAUCUUGCAGGGUGUUCCCGAAAAAGAGAAGCGAGCCUAGGGGUUGGCACAAUUGGGGGAACAAUUACAGGAAGCGAGAGAUGGGAAUAAAGUUAGCAACAGAGUUGGUUAGGCGCACGUGUACGUGAAGACCCGGGCAGAAGAGAAGACCAAUGGCAGACGACCUGACUGCUUCUGCAGAGAGAUUAAGGCUAAAAACUAA